CUUCCCUUCAGGUGAGUCCUGAGUUACCUGAUGCUGUGGGUGAGCGGCGGAGAGGCUGAAACCAGCGGACGCUUCACCGCGUCUGCACGACGGAGAAAGAGGGCAGUGAAUGUUGGAGUUAAAGUGGUGACUAGUCGGGUGCUGUCACUUCAGCGUGGUGGAGGGACAGCUGGCACAGUGAGCGCAGGAGUUGGCGGGGCUUUCGGGAUUGCGUAAAUGCGCACUGGUACGCAACAGGAGCGAUAUUCCCGCCUUUGUCCUCAUACUGGUUCCAGCUCCGGCGAACUCCGACGCACCUUUGAGACCGUCCACCUGCCGGACAGAAAGGCUGGCCCUCGCUGAGGAGGAAGCCUCAUCCUCUCCAAAGCUGCCAGGAAGACGCGUAGUUCAGAAGACGCUGUGCCUGACAGCGAGUCAUAGAACGACGCUCCGGGAUUUGGAGUUCUUGUUUAAUUAAGGGAGGAAAACCUUUCUUCAAAUGCAAGUCUUGCACUCGUUACGCUCCUGUAGAGUUUUCCUAUUAAGACUUUGGUUCAUUUAUCAGAGGAUUUUUUUUUCACUGAAGGCUCUGUCAACCGGGUGCAAACAGAACUGUGGACUUGGUAGUCCUGAAUAAUUGCCUUUUGUUUGAAGGUAUAAAAUUCUUUGCCAUAGAGGCUUCCUCUUGGAUUAUCAUGGCGCUGGUGAAGGUCAGUGCUCAGUAACACUCUCCUGGUCUUUGAUCCAGUGCCAUCUCCCUGCUCUGUCUUUUUUUCUCUUUUUCAAAUCCUCCACUCUUGACUUUGAGGUUUUUGUGGGAAUAAGUAUUAAGAUUCGGGGACACCAUCGUUUUUUUUUUUUCUCCCCAGGAAUAUACUCAAGCCAAAACUUUUGCCAAAACAACCUGUUGGCAGGAGGCAGUGAAGAGGAGAAGGGGGCCAGAGAGGGAGGAAUAGAGGGGAUUGGAAGGCAGAUGGUUUCACUGCUCGAAAAACACCAACAGCCAGAUGAAUAAAACAUUUGAAUAGAGAGGGAGUCGUGACAUCUGGGUGAGGAGUGAGUUAGACAUUCUCCUCAUUCCCUCCCUCUCUCUCUCUCUCUCUUUCUCUCUCUGUCUGUCUCUUUCCCUAUUCUGUCCACCCUUUCACACACUAGCAUCCAUAUCCUCUUCAUCCCCACAUCCCCACCCCUCGCUCUGUCUAUCUUUCACUUUCUCUCGUCUCUUUGCCUCUGUGGACGCAGGGGUUCAGGCGGUCACUCAAACAGACAGAAACAAGCUUGUGCUUCCGCUUGUUUCAUCUGCUCUUGCUCAGUUCAGUUUCACCUUUGUGUGCCCCCUCACUCCACUCUCUCUUCCUUUCCUCCCGGUCCAUCCCCCCCCCUCCCCUCCUCCCCGGCACGGUGUGUGAUGGUGCGUCCCCUCCUCUCGGUCGCAGAGACAUGCCCGUACAGGAGAUGGCGGUGAGUCCUGUCAAGUCCUUGUACUGGGAGCAGUUCCCCCCCAUGUCGCAGCGCCGCGUCUACUGCACUCCUGUCUACCACGAAGGCCUGAUCUACGUGCUGGGGGGCUGCAGCGAGACCGGGACGCCACUGGACAGCGUCGAGGUCCUGGAUGUAGAGAGCCAGACGUGGAGCCAGUUGUCACCGCUGCCCACCGCACGGGCGGGGGCCUCAGCUGUGGUGCUGGGGGGCCAGGUGAUGGUGCUCGGGGGCAUGAAUCAGCAGCAGACCCCGCUGGCCUCCGUGGAGAUGUACCACCCUGAUGAGGGCAAGUGGGAGACGAGGGCCAGCCUGGGUCAGCCAUCUAUGGGCGUCACCACUCUGGAGAAAGAUGGGAAGGUGUAUGCGUUGGGGGGUAUGGGAGCAGACACCACACCCCAGGCCCUGGUGAGGGUCUACGAAGCAGAGAAGGACCAGUGGCAGCCGAUGACCUCCAUGCCCACACCGCGGUACGGAGCCACCCCCUUCGUAACAGGAAACAAAAUCUACAUGUUGGGUGGUCGCCAGGGAAAGAUGCCGGUGACGGCGCUCGAGGCUUUUGACCUGGAGAUGAAGAGCUGGACUCGUUACCCCUGCAUCCCGAGCCGUAGAGCUUUCUCCUGCUGCGCCGCCAAUGAGCGAAGCCUCUUCAGCCUGGGGGGCCUGCAGCAGCCGGGGCCGCAUAACUUCUACUCCAGACCUCACUUUGUCAACACCAUGGAGGAGUAUGAUCUGGAUCAAGGUGUGUGGAUCAAACCCAGCCGAACGUCCAGGAUGAGGGAGAAGAGGGCUGACUUUGUGGCAGGAUGCCUUGGAGGACGGGUCAUCGCAGCUGGUGGUCUAGGUAACGAGCCAUCGCCGUUGGGCACGGUUGAGAGCUACAACCCAGUGAAGCGGCGCUGGGAGUACGUGGCACCCAUGCCCACCGCACGCUGCUCCUCUGCCCUCCUGCAGAUGACCAGCAUGCUCUUUGUCAUCGGCGGUGUUGCCCAGGGACCCAGUAAUGCCGUGGAGGCUCUCUGCUUACAGGAAACAGUGUGACACAUGUACACACACACACACACACACUAACACACACACUGGAAUAAAUGCAAACCGGCAUUGAUAUUUUAUUCAUGUUUGUGCAUAAACAGACAAAAACACAUGAAUUGGAUCCACAGAUCACACUUAGAUACUUUUCUAUCUUUAUGUCCAACUCAUGGAUUCCUCUUGCAUACUGGGAUGUAAGGAGUGAUUUUUCACACUUGACAAGCAUUUUCAAACAGGAGCUGCAGAACCAGUUUGUGACAGAGAUGGACAAAUGCAAGAUUAAGGACAUUCAAUCAGACUGCUGUGACUGGCAAGGACAGAAAACUGACAGCUUUUCUACUCUGGGGAAAUCAGAGGAAGACAAAAAAAAUUUGCAAAAAACAGACGCACACAUACCGUGUCUGAUGAAACAACACGCCUUUGAACUGUUGAGCAUUUUUCAGAAUAAAAGCAGGGUACUUUUCUGGAUAUUAAAGGAACAUAGGGCCAUAUCUGUAUCUCCUCUUUGCAGCAGUGUCGCUCUCCCCUGCUGCUGCUGCUGCGACAGCGAGCUUGGACACUUUUCUACGACCUUAGAAAACACUUUGUUUUAGACAGUGACGUUCUGGGAAUGUGAAUGUCUGUUUUGGUUCUUCUCCUUUGGUUGCAGUGUUGUACUGUAUAUGUAUGAAAGUUAGCACUGCUAGCAACAGCUACCACAGUGUCAACGAGAGCUGCCCUUAACAUGCGUUCACACCACAAAACAGCUCCAACAGCCACUAGUCAGAAGUCAGAACAGGUCCAUCCGUAAACGUCGACUGAUGUUGACCACAGUCACUGUGUUUCCUUUAUUUGUAGUUGAAGAAAAGUCGAUUGUGGUCGAAUUCGUCGGCAUCUUGCUAUUUGUCGCAUCUCUCCACGUCUGCUUCAACAUUAGCACCACAGCAAUUAAUCACCAAGCUCAAAUGGUCCUUCGCACUGGAGCACAGGGAUGAAGUUGCUUGUGGACUGAAUACAGAGUCAGUCUUACCUGCUGCUCUGAAGCAUCCAGACAGAUAAAUAAUAAUCUGAACAUCAGCUUCCUGACAUAUUAUGUUCCCUCGACUUUUAUGAUUGAUAGUUGCACAUUGAAUUCUUACCUCAACUUGACAUCAGCUGGAUGAUCGAUAAGAAGGGAAGAGCAUCUUAAGGUGAUGAUACCUGUGAAACGUUUUGGAGCUAUAGAGUAGGACAAAAUCAUACAGUACAUCCGGAUUAUAGUUUCAUUUUUAUGAUUGGUGUUUUGUAAGGAAUUUAAUCUUGACAGAGCACUGUAAGGUCUGUGAAACAACCUGUUUUGGUCUGAACCAGAGGUGUUCGGAGGUGCGCCUCCUCAGUUGGGGCAAAUUAUGAGGCAAAGAUAAUGCGUGAAGGGAAAGAGACAGGUGUGUGCUGCUGUCCUUAAAACAACAGGAAGUUAGCUAUUGUAGUUUGGCCUUCUGCUCACCGUCAGCAGUUCCAGCAGCAGCAUACAUACAUACAGCUCAAAGAGGCUUAAAGUGCUUCACAACACCUUGCUCCUGAUACCAGAAAUUAACAUCAAAUUUAAACAAAGCUCAGUCAAAUCUGAUCACGCAAACAUGAUACAAAUAGGAUUAUGUUAUUUACACUGUGUGUUGAUAAGUAGUGCAGUUCAAAGUGCUUCACUGAUAAGCUAAAGAGAAAAUGACAAAUCAAGUAAGAAAGCUGGCUAAAAUCCAUAUUUAAUUGAAAGCCAAGAAGAAGAAGUACAGUAUGUUUUCAGAAUGAGACGUGUUUGGAUUUACCCCGAGGCAUCUUUGGUUAGAAGCUUGCACAUUCCAGCACAUCCAGUGGCAAGCUAACAUUUCCUGUAGCAGAUCUGAACACGGACACCAAACUAAUGUGAACUCUGACCUCCAAACUGUCAAAGAAACAAACUGUGGGAUUAGUAAUCCACUUACACCGGUUGUUACUGGAAAAGUAAAACGUGCUGCACAGCGCUGUUAGCUAUGUUGUGUAGAAAGUAAAAAUUAUACUGUAAGUGAAACAGACUGAACAGGUCAGGGGCAGAGGAUUAUACUAUGGUAAUGCUUUGAGAAGAGAAGAUACAAGUUGACACGUCGCCAUUAGAGACCAUUGUAACUGCUGUGAAUCAGAGUUGAUUACAGCUGCUUCAGGCCGUUCAGAGCCACCCUUCAGUCCUACAGCGGCUGAGCAUUUCAUAAUCAAAAGACAGAUGGUGGAGAUUGAGUUUGUUUCAGCAGAGGUGAGGCUUUGUGUGCAAGAGUCGGGGAUGAAAGAUAAUGGAGGGAGCUGCUCUGCAGAAUGAUCUGUGAAAGAUUCAGUGACCUGUGGACAGCAGACGAAGGUGGGCAAGAAACAACAGGUAAUAACCUGGCGCAGUGUUGGCGUGUGGUCUCUCUUGGUCUGGUCUUUGUUGUCCCUGCAGCUGUUCUGCUGACGCCUGUUCAUGUUCGUAGUAUUGUUUUAACGUCCACUUGAGGUCAUCAGCUUCUCUUUUCACAACUGAGUCAGUCAGCACUUAGAUGCUUUGGUGGCUCAGGUUGCAGUCCAGCAAAGAAUUAUGGGCUCCAGCCUAAAUAACAUCAAAAAUAUAGAAUCUAUUUAUUAUUUAUUAUUUUCCAUUACAGCUAAAGCAGGUGAUACAAUUAGUGAAACUUAUACUGAAAUGUUAAGUAGUCUGAGGUCGAUCUACCAGUUUAAUCUCCUAUUCCACACUGCCUGGAGAAUCACCACAGGGCAUUUGAUGACUAAGUGAUUGAAGGCAGAGCGAGCUACAAAAUGAUAAAUGCACAGUAAGGAAGAAACUGCUAAAUUAAAACCAGAUUGGAUCAUCAGAUCUGAUUGGUCAGUUCACAGAUAGUGCUCUAACACACCUCUCUCCACCUUUAGUGCAUCAUUUUAAGACAACAUUCAUCUGCUACAUCCAAACUAUUUUAAAUAGCUGAGUAAAUGUUGCAGGAUGCUGAUGGGAUUGAACCAACACGUCUCCUAAUGCAGGAAAGGAGAACAGGACAAUACAGAUAAGGAGGAGAGAGAGCUACCUCUGGCUUCACGAGUAAACACUGUUUCCUACACUCACACAAUCGCACGUCCUUUUCACUGUCGUGCCCCACCUCUUACAGUUCUCCGGUCUGCACCCUGGCAGACCUUGUUAACAGAGUCACAUAUCUUUUGCUGUGACAGAGCACUGAAGCUGCCGGAGCUCAGAUGAGAUACCAGGUGACAGUUGGUUAUUUCUGGUGCUACAUUGUGUGCACCUAAUUGAGUGCAUUAGGUACUAGCCACACAGUCGUCACAUACUGUACACACACACACACACACACACACACACACACACACACACACACACACACACACACACACACACACACACACACACAAAUACACACAAAUCCAAGCACAGACCUGCAAGCCUGGAUGCUCGCUCACUCACUCACAGGUACGGACCAUUCCAUAUGAGAAUUUAUUUUGAGGUAAUUUAACCCAAAUAUACGCAAAAAUCAUCAGAGCUUUUUCACGUUUAACAACGGCGAGCUGCUGCAGGAUGAUGAGAUUGUUAUUCAACCAAAACUAUAAAGUUACACAUCUCACAUUACACACAGACAUUGGAUCUAUUAUCUAAAAAUUACAUUUAUAAUUGUGCAGCUUUAAAGUUGCAUUCAUUUACAUUCUUUUUUUCUGAUUCAUGCAUUCACUGAUUUCUGCCACUAGGGGGCAGAGGAACUCCAUAACAAACUGAAAACAACAAGUGUUAGCAAGCAGUUGCGUAUUAACUCAUCCUGCAGAUACAAAGAAACAUUAGCAUUCAUUAGUACUUCUUUCCACCAGUUGUGUACAGUUUUCACUAUCUUUUUGUCUCUGUUUUGGUCUCCACCACUCCAUGUGAACAAUAUCUUAUUAGCUUACUAAAUGUUUGACCAGCUAGCUGCCUGCUGCUACUGGAGACAAGGUUGACAAAAACAGAAUUUGCCAAAACGAAAACAAUGAGCUACAAGAGGCUAAAAAACUGUAGAGCCUCAGAUUUGUGUUUUAAUUCUGUCUACGACAACUUUCACAAGACACAGUCAUUUGAUGCAUCAUUAAUAUUUAAAAAAAGAAUAUUAAUUUGUCCAGUUUCAGCACAUCAUUUUUUUUUUUUGUGUGUGUGUGUGUGAGUGAGUGAGUGUGCGCAAAUUUCUGACACUAAGACACACUCAGUCUAUUAUUGUGUGAGCCAUGUGGGGGAUGUACACUGUCUCCUUUUCAGGCCUCUCCGUUGCCACACUGCAGUCCCCAAGGAAUUCUGGGACAUUGCCAGUGCUCGCUCUCUCUUUUGGUUGUCUGGUUUCUUUUGUACUAUUUUUUUUUUUUUUUUUUUUUCUCUAAACCUCUCUCUCACUCCCUCUCUGACCCUGUCACUGUCAGACUGUUUUACAGAGAAGAUGCCUCAUAAAUCUAGACUUUCUCUUCAAUAGAAAAGAUUCCUCAUAAAUCUGUUAUUCUGGCUCCUGAUGUGACGUUCGACAUCAGGCUGUUCACUCACUGGGAUGAAACCUAAUACUGCUUCUGACAGCAGGUUGAGAAACAGAACAAAAGAGCAGGAUGCUUCAGUACAGGUAGCAGCUAAUUACACGCUGUACUUUUUUAGCAGGCCCUGAGCAGAUGAUGCACAAGCAUAUGUAAAUGUGUAUGUAAAUGUGUUCUUACCAGACUAGUUGAAAGCCAAAAUGUAUUGUGAACCUGCUUCCCAUGACAACAGCAUUAAUAUGGUUUAAAUUAGCAUGAGUGUCUGGGUGACAUUUUUCAAACCGAGUCUAAAUGAAUCUGCAGAACCUGAGGCACAGGGCAAUUUUAUAAGCAAUAAGUGCCCUAAAAUCAGUCCACAGGUCUUUUAAUACCCUGCAGAGCAGAGCAAUGUUGGAAAAAUGGAAACAAAUGCACAAGUUCAACACAUUUUCAGGCACGUUUUUAUUAUCUGGAGCAAACAGACAUGACGUAUAUUGCCCCCCCCCCCCCCCCCCAAAAAAAAGUUGCCUUGUGUAUCAUUACCUCUCGAACAUUUGUAGAUACAGUAUGUACCCUCUUGUCCAAGACGCAUUCAGGGCCCUGUGUUAGUGUAGGCGCACUGUGGAUGGCACACUUUGUGCCUUGAUUAACAAAAAUAAGGCCCGCAGACUCAGGUUCUGACGCAACAACAGGGGUGAUUUCAGCACAGUGCAAGGACGGGGGCGGAAGAUGCUGAAUUUACACUAUUUUCAGUUUUAUGACUCCAAUGUAGAACUGUGUCUUAUUUUUGAUAAUGAAAAGCCUCUCUACUUUUUUUUUUUUGUGCGGAAUAAUUUCAACACCGUUUCCUGGGCAACAGGAAACAGUGUCAACACCCGCAGGUAGCAUAAAUGUGUUCCUCCUACAUUAGCAUACCCAUGUGUUCUUGUUGUUUUUUUAUUUCAUAUUGGGGUCUGUAGUUAGAAAAAAAUAUAUAUUAAACAUCCCCUUGAUUAUUAUUGAUUAGGUGAUCAGGAUUAGAUAUAAUAGUAUCUCUUUUUUGUUGUUAAUUGUUCAUGUUUUCUUAAUUCUUUUGCCCUCCAGUCGUUUGUGUUGUGGAUUGAGGUUGUGAGGUGACUGAUGUGUCGUGGUGUUGUCCAGACCUGAGCUGGGUUCCCUAAAGUGUUUGUCACUAGUUGUGUGUUGUUGCAAAGCUUUGCUUGGGCUCAUGUUGCGGCGAAUAUUUUUGUAAUAGAAAUAUAUACACAAAUCUGUUCAUUUGCACCAUGGAGGUCAGGUGAGAUGCAUAGGAGCACAGUUUGUGUAACACUGAGGACGAGGAUGUGUGAAAUCAUGCUAUUGAACAAAUGGUUAUUAAUAGAAAAGGUGAUGUUUAGAAUGACAGGAAGGACAACAGAGAUAUAUUUAGAACGAACAAGCUGACCUGUGCUUUAUAACUUCUGUGUUUUCAGAUCUAAAUAGCCAUCAGCAAAAUUAAAAAAAAAAAUACAAAUGAGUUUUGACAUGGAAUAAUUAUCUUUUAAUACUGUGAUUGAACCAAGAUGCUUCAAAUAAUCACCAUCUCAAAACCCAGGCAGCUUGAGGACCACUGCUCUUCAAUGCUGUCCACCGUUUUCCCUGCUGAUUGUUAAAGUGACACUGGUUUGUACAGACAUUUUGGGAAACACAAACCCAGCAUCCCUCUCCUCCUCUGCUCUCUCUCUCGCUCUACCGUGCCGUUUCCCUACAGUGAUCGACCUGGUGGAAACCUGGUAAACUGCUUUGUGGUCUCAGUGGAUCAGUAUCGCCAUGUGCUCUGUGUGUGCAAAUGUGAUUCGGGAGGUUUUACUGAACUUGAUUAAAUGUUCUGAAGGUGAUAAGAUAGAAAACUAAACAUACUGUAAGGGAGGGAGGACUCGACUCACUCAGAUGCUGUGUGUGAGGAGGUGUGAGGCAAAGUGUGCGAAACACUACAAAGUUAAAUAUAUCCUUAUUUAUGUUAUAAUGCUUUACACUUUAUAUUCUAUCCCUAUAAUGACUAUGUACUCAUAUAGUUGUAGAAACACAUGUAUAACCCCUGUAAGUCAAAUGACAAAGACAGACCCACCCACACACAAACAAACUUCUGCCACUUCAAACUAUGCACUUACCGUAAAUCAAACCCAUACAGCACUGACUUCAGGCUAACACUAACAACGGCUGGAUCCAGAUGCGACCGCAGCUGAACAGUACUGGGAACCUAUAUUCAAAUAAUAUAACUAUGAAAAAUAGAAAUGAAAAAAUAUCCCAUAUAUAUAUAAAAUUAAUUUCAGUUUUACACAAUGAUAUAUUGUUUAUUACAAAGAGAUCAUAUUGACUGAGACAAAUAAAAUUCUGUUCCACUCAAAUCCAGAAAGUUUUAGUUGCUAUAAUGCAGCAUUGUUAGAACAAUAAUUUAAAUGGGAGCUGAGUCUUGACCCAUUUUAGGGCAUAAAAAUCAGGAUAAAGACCACUAUUUUUAAAAAUCUGUGUCUUGUGAGUGCCCCAACUUUAUGGAAGUGCAACACUAAAUUGCUGAAUUACACCUUUAAACAAUCAUAACAAUGCGACAGACCUGUGGUCAGAUCUGAUCACAGGUUUAUCUCUUGAUAUCUUGCUAAAUGGCAGUAACACACAUUACAUUUUAAAUUACACAAACAUUUUCUAUACAGUUCAAAUUUUAUCAUAACAUUUUACAAUUUUGAAAUACACAUAUACUCAUCCACAAUCACUACCUCUGAAACAUGGUUAUUAUAUAAUGGAGCUUUGAGAGACCAUUAGUCCACUAAUCAUAACCAUGGUAAUUUUAAUUUCCUGACAAACGAGACGUGAUUAUGCUUCAGCUGGAGAGUUUGACAUUUUGGUUAACGUGUUAAUGUGUCAGAAGAUUGACACCACUCUCGUGUCUCUGCAUAUACUAUGAAGUUACAACCUGGACAUGAUUACCUUAAUAAGUAGCUCCAUCCACCUGGUACUUCUGUACAGCUGUUGCCUGGCAACCUCAGUGUUAUUACGAGACUCCAGGAAGUCACCGCGAUUGGCUGUUAUUUGCUGAGAAAUAGUAAAAGUAGUGUUCUCAAAUAUCUGUUAUCUUUGGUGACACCUGUGGCGGCACAUUAGACACACUUUAACUACAAACUCUUACACGUUCUGGCCCCGUAUGGAUUAAACAAAAAGACGCAAGAACGUGUUAAUUUUAGAAGAGUUGGUGAGUGGAUCUUCGAGCAGAUAUUGGAGAGAACCUUUCUUUAUUCUUUGUCACCUAUAGCUUCAUGCUUAGUGCGCAGAUGUGAGUGUGGUAUUCUUUUUUUCAGAAAGGAAGCAAAUUAAUUAAUUAAACACACAUUUUGUGAACUUGCUGAUUUUGACUGGGGUCAUAGUAGGUUGGCCUAUAAAACAUAUCAUCAUAUAGAACUAGAAAUGAUGGUAUCACCUUAAAUACGUCUUCUCUGCGUCUGUUUUCAGAUCCGAGCCAGCGGGUCACUGAAGUGUUAAGCAUCACUCAGCAGCAAACACACAUUGUGUUGUUACUCGAGCUGAUGUGAGCUGCUCGUUCGGCGCCACAGAUGUACAAAGUUACUACAACAUAAUUUAUGCUCCUUGAUAAUCCCUCUAUAAACAAACAAGAUUAGGCCGCUUCCUGUUUACAGGAGGAGGAGUGUUUCCUUUUCAUUACCUACUCACACAGACAAAGAGUGAAACGAGAAGGGAUAACUUUUUUAUUAUGAUUCCUAUUAUAACAAUAAUGGUAAUCAUAAUAAUAAAAACUGUUGUGGUUGUUGUCGUCACUGUAAUAGAUCAAUAUGACACUGUAGUGUUUUCUUAAUGUGUUGGACGGAAGGAGGAAUACAAUGAGUGUAUCGGGCAGUGUUAAAGAAUCCAGGACAAGACGAGGGUCAAUCAGAGUAGUAGGAUGAUGUAAUGUACAAAUGGAAAGGCUGCCUCCCCUCACCAAAGCCUGUCAGUCACAUUGUUAGACCAAAAGACAAAAAAAAAGUAUUUAAAAUCAUAACAAAGUUUUGAUUCAGAGCAGGAUAUCACCGGUCCCAUUAACCGCUACACAACUGCAUGAAUUUCCAUUUUAUUAAUAACAAUAUUAAAGUGAUGGUUAAGGUUACUUGAUGUGGGGUUGUGUGAGAUAGUUAUCUUUAGUCAAUGUAUUACCUGCUGUAGAUUCAGAUCAGUUUGUUCCCAGUGAUUCCAAAAGAAAGGGCUGUUUGAGGGCAAGUGGUGAAAAUAUUAAAAAUAAAGCGUACGCUUCAACUGAUAUUAGUAUUUUUCUGUCUGAUUUUUUUGAGACGCUAAAACACUUUUUUUUUUUCUUCCGCUGACCACUGCAGUACAUCACUCAGCUUCUGUGCUAGUGCUCCCGGCCGCUUCUCUAAACUGGGAGCGCGCUGAUCUGAACCUACUGCAGGUAAUACACUGACUGUAGAUAACUAUCUCGCACAAGCCCACGUCAAACAACCCGAACUGUCACUCAAAUGUCAUCUUGAAGGGAAUACAAAAAAAAAAAAAAGAGUCUUCUCAACAAUUAUUCAGAUUACAUGCUUCGGUGCAAAUAGAUCCACAUCAGAUCCCUUCACUGACCACCUUUAUGUCAUAUUUUGGAGUCUCGAUGUGGCUGAAUGUCGGUCGGGGGGGGGGGGCACACAGUAUUGUACGUGUGUGCGUAGCCAGCGUCAGUGUGGCUGGCAGGCUUUGGUUUUCAGACCGAGUCGUGGCUGUGACUCCAGUGCAGUAGUUCAGUGCCUAUACUAAAUGUGAGGUAGUGCCUCGACUAUGAAUCCUGUACUAUAAUAAACUAUUUUGACUUGC